UUAUUUUCUGUUUAAUUCGGCACUCUUCAUUUUCUUUUAUUUUCAAUGUUUACGGUCUUGAAUUGAUUUUUGUGAUUCAAUAUGCUUAAUCUUUGAGUUGACAAGAGUAAUUAUUACAAAUAUAGGACUCACUAAAUUAGACUGUUUAUCAAUGCAUUUGAAUGUGCAGACUUUUACAAGUUCCAAGUAUGGCCUCUGAUUUCAAAGGGAAAGCUAUUGUGAUUAUGGGUGUCAGUGGUGCUGGGAAAUCGACAAUCGGUGAGAUAUUAGCGAGAGAUUUGAAAUGUAAGUAUCUUGAUGCCGAUGAUUUUCACUCACUCUCAAAUAAAGAAAAGAUGCGUCAAGGUAUUCCUCUUUCGGAUGAAGAUCGAAUUCCAUGGCUUAAGAGUCUACAAGAUGCAUUAAGGGAGAGUUUGAUUGGUGGAGAAACUGUAAUACUUGGCUGUUCUGCACUGCGGAAUAAAUAUCGAGAAAUUCUUAGAUCUGCUGACCCUUAUUACAAACUUGGAAGCUACGUCAGUGCGGUUAAGUUUGUGUUGCUAGAUGUUGGUGCUGAGGUACUUGCUGAUCGACUAAACAAAAGAGCUGCAGAAGGCAAGCAUUUCAUGCCGGCUACUCUUUUGCAAUCACAGCUGGACUUGCUGCACAUUGAUGAUUUUGAAGGCAUAUACAAAGUUGAUGCUACUCAAAGUCCUGAAGCAAUUGUAAAUGCACUUAAAAGCUUUGAUUUCAUGACCAAGAGUGCUUAGCGGAAAUUAUAUUCUAUGUUGUGUAUUGAUCAAGUCCAUUGCAUGACAUUGAAGUCUUUCUCAUUGCGGAUGACUUCCAUUUCAUGGAUCACAGUCUCGUAUCAAAAUUCAAUUCAAAUUGUAUUCUAUCUCA